AUGCGCCGAACACAAACUGUUGAGACCCUGGGUUUUCCCGUUCUGACGGGCGGCGCGGAGCUGGGUGCGAGGCUCUGGCGGUACCGAGCGCUGCCGCCGUGCCCGUCACGUUCCGGGCCCCGGAGCGGAUCGCUCCCGCUCGGCCCGGGGACCGAGGGGCACCAAGGCUGGAACAGGCGGGGACCGAGCGGGGAUCGAGGGGGGGAACGAGACGGGACCGAAGGAGGGAGCGAGGCCCGGCCGGCUCCGCCGCCCCCGGGCCGGCCCCGCCCCGCCUGUCGGGUGCCGCGGUUGCCCGGGCGAGAACUGAACUCGCAGAGCUUUGCUCGGGCCCUGCGAGCCGAUGCUGAAUUAGGUUUGAAGCUGCUUCCUUCUAAGUUCCUGAAGGAGAAGUUUCUCAAUGUGAAGAAGGUGGCCAGCACUGGGGCGAGUUUUCUGCCCAAAAUUGGCCCAUUUCGACACAUGAGUGAGACUUGUCAAAAGUUGUUGCCAGUUCCUCCGAUAGAGAGCUUGCUCCAAGUUUCCCCACCAGAGAUGGUAUUUCAGAAAUUCAUCGCUCAUGAGGUCUCGGAAAUGGUACUGUCUCUCACAAACAAGGACAAGUUUACUCGGCUGGUGAAGGUCUACAUGGAGAGAUCACCUUAUUUUGAGCUGUUGUGCCCCAAUGAUGCAUACCGCAUCAUCCCACCAGGCACAUCUUCCCAUGUGCGCAUCCGCUUCACCCCCGACGAGACCAAGGAUUAUUCCCACGAACUCAUCUGUCUCACUGCAAGGGACAGGAUAGUUGUGCCUAUUCAGGCCAUUGCUGCCCAAGCUAUCCUGGACUUCCCUGACCAGCUGGACUUCUCAGAGUGCCCAGUCAAGUACAGCAGCCAGAAGACUCUGCUGGUUCGCAAUGUUGGUAACGUGGAAGCUCAUUACCAGCUGAGCACCCAGAGUCCUUUCUGCGUGGUUCCAGACAGGGGAACUCUGGCCGCUGGUGACACCAUGCAGGUGACAGUGGGAUUUCACCCGCUGACGGUCGGUGACCAUUCCGGGUCCCUGGUAGUGUGCUGCAACACAGGUGAGUGUAUCUGCACAAACCUUCACGGAGAAGCUGUAGAUGUCAACAUUGGGUUGAGCACCAAUUCCGUGAAGGUUGAGAACACUUUCAUCACCACAUCAAACUACACAACCGUGCUCAUCGAAAACAGGAGUAACAUCACAGCCCACUUCCAGUGGAAGACUUUUCCUACUGAGGAAGAUGAGAAUAAACUGAAGAGAAGGCAGUGCUAUUUUCUGCAGCCACUGACAGAGGUAUCGCUGGAAAACUUCAUUGAGGAGAAGAAUAUAGAGCAGGAGAAGGGCUAUUGUGAAGAUAAAACUGCCCUUGUGAGCCACACAGUCCAGGAGGAGAUGGCAAAGGUGCAAGAAGACCCCAUGCUGUUCUCCGAUGACAUUUUUUCCAUUGAACCAGUGGAGGGAGAAAUUGGGCCGAACUGUUGCACCAAAAUCAAGGUGACCUUUAAACCUGUAGAAGCACUGGAGUAUCGAAGUGUGGCUUACUGCAACAUCUCAGGCCGAGAGAGCAGGCUGCCCCUGCACCUCAUAGGGGAAGGCCAAGGACCCUUCGUUGAACUCAGCUCUCAUACACUGAACCUUGGGAACAUUUUUGUCAACACCCCCUACGUCUAUGAGGUGAAACUGAUUAACCAAGCACCUAUUGAUGCUCCCUUCACCUAUAUCUGUACAACUGCAAACGUGGGCUACUGCUUCAAGUUUGCACCUGAGGAGGGCAUCAUUGCACCAGGUGGGAUCCAGACCAUCCAGAUCUCCUUCAAUGCCACCGUACUGGGGAGGUUUGAGGAAGAAUUCCAGUUCAGUGUGGCUGGAUCUCCUACGCCUGCAAUCCUGACAAUCAAGGGACAUGUCUGUGAACCGACUGUACACUUCAACGUCGAUGAGCUCGACUUCGGUGACAUUUCCUUUGGCUUUCCCUACACCAUGACCUGUUGCCUCACUAACCCCUCCCCAGCAUCCCUGAGGUUCAAGCUCCGCAUGUCUGACGAUGGCACUCAGCCUGCUCAUGAAAAAAGAACUGGAGGAUAUCACACGUGGGUGACCCUGUGUUCCAACACCGUGAUGGAUUUCUGCCGGAGAAUGCUGGUGGACCUGGAGGGUAUUGGCAAUGGAGUGGCAUCAAUGACCAUCAUGGCCAGAUGUCUCAUUCCUGAGCUGCGAGUGUACCCUCACGUCCUGCUGUACGAUGAGUGCCGCCUCAAGGUGCCCUACGAGAGGAAGUUCCUCGUUGUGAAUAACACCGACCUUCCUGGCUGCUACGGGCUUAUUCCCCAGAAACGCAGGGAGGACACUCCUGUGUUCUACUCCAGCCCCAAACCCUGUGGGAUUGUCCAGCCUCACAGCAUCGCAGAGAUUCCAGUUACAAUCGAAGUCCAAACAUUGGGCGAGCAUCGCACCAGUGUUCUUAUCAGCGUGUUUGGGGAUGAGAGAAACCCACGGGCCUGCAAACCCCACUGCUAUGUCAUUGAACCCAGAGAAGGAGUGAUCCCCGCUACGGGUGAUAUUCCUGUGACCAUCACAGCAACCUUGGAUGACACUGGGAUUUUUGCUGACACUAUUCAGCUUUUCAUUGGGAACAGCCUUUGGACCACCUUCAUGGUGCUGGCUGUGGGCACCGGCACCACAAUUGUCAUGGACAAACCAUUCGUCCCAGAGCUCAGCUUGGGACACCAGUUCAGCCCCCUGGCCGAAGAUGAUUGCCAGAGCCCCAAAGGCACCAGCCCCGUGUUUGGGCUGGAGCCACUGUCGAUGGAGCUGCAGCCGGGCGAGUCUGUGGACAUGGUGCUGCGAGGCUUCUCCCCCAUCGAGCAGUCAGCAAAGAAGGGCAGAGAAAUAACUUACACCAGCAGGACAGAGAAGAUAAUAGAAACAACCAUUACCUGCAAGUUUAUUGAUCCCUCCAUAGAAAUAUCAGCCAGACAAUUCUCUUUCUGGGUGGAGAAGAAACCCAGUGAUGAUGUCCUGACUCUGCAGUACAAGCCUUUGGCUUUAAAGAACACCUGCUUGCUGCCACUCGACCUUAUGCUGGACUUGGAGCAGCCGUUUCUGCUCUGCGAUGCGGACCAGCAGCCCCUCCCGGAUGGCCAGCCUGUGACAGUGGAUGUAGGACAGACCUGUCAUCUCUACAUUGCAUUUGACCCAUCUUAUAAACUGGAUUUUUAUAGCUGGAAGGAAGAGAAGGUUCUGAAGAUAAACAUGGUCAACGGCCAUCCUUAUGUGGAGUGUAUCACCCUUCAAGGAGAAGUCCACUUCCCCAAUCUCCAAAUCCAGCCCAGCACCCUGGAGUUUGGCUGCAUCCUGGCUGGCACUGCAGAAGGGCGUUCUCUGGAGAUAACCAACUGCAGCCCACUGCCUGUCCAGUACCACUGGUCAUUCCAUUCAGACGGCCAGGUGAACAGGCUGAGGUCCCUGUUCAUAGUUACAUUAUUUUCCAGGCAUGAGCGUUGCCCACCUAAGUUCAAACCCCAACCACCAAAGGAGAAGAGAACCUGCUUGGAUUACUCAGCAUCUCAAAGGAGACGCUUCAAGAUUAGAAAUGGGGAGGACCCAGCCACAGCCCUCAGAGAAUCGCACCUCCAGCUACAGCUGCAGUUUGCUCCAAGGUGCUCUUCUGCAUCCAUUUCCACACUGAACAUCUCAAUCGUUCCUGUCCUCCAGGUUUUCAGUGUCCUGCCGCAGUCAGGUGUGCUGCAGCCAGGAGAGAGACAGAAGGUCUCCUUCAGCUUCUUUGGCCACCUCAACACCAUCGCCAGUGUCACGGCGCUGUGCCAUGUAGAGGGAGGCCCCACCUACAAGGUGGAGCUGACCGGGGAGGCCUCAUGCAUCAGCUACUCCCUGAGCCUCCAGGAGAUCAACUGCGGCUUUCAGAUAGUUAAUGAAAUUCGUCACAGCACAGUCACCCUGGCGAACACUGGCAAGAUUAAAUUCAACUGGGUGCUAAAUCCUAGCACUGCAGAGCAACAUCUGCCUGGCGUGUUUCUGGUCAUCCCCCCCACUGGCUCCGUUGCACCUGGUGAGAAGCAAGUGCUGAAAUUCUCUUACAUGCCAGGAGUACCAGGAGCCUUCAGCAGGACUUUCCAGCUUAAAGUGGCAGAACUGGACCCAGAGAAUAUCUGCCUGAAAGGAGAAGCAUUCUUUCCUGUGAUCAGUGUGAACCUGCCCUGGAACAUCGAAGGAAAUGAAAAAUAUGAGAAGCUCAUAAAACCCCUGCAACAAUUCAGUCAGAGGAAUCAAUCAGUUGUUCAGAAGACUCAGAGUCCGAAGACUAAGGCCUUGAAGUUUCAGACUCCAAAGACUCAGACCCUGAAGACUCAGAACCUGAAGCCCCACGCACCUGGCUUUGGCACUGUACCAAACACUGAGCUGCAGAUAGAGACGGUGAUGAUGCUGAUAGAGGAGGCUGCCCUGGAGCUGCAGGAAAAGCUCCCAUCCCAUCCCCCAUACAGCAGGUUCCCUGACAAAAAGAUGCGCCAGAGUCUUGUCAAAGUUGAGCUGCCUGAAUAUGUGCUGGACAUGGGCACUGUACGUAAGGGUUACACUGAGAGACGCACUCUGGUGAUCACCAACCCUGGGCAGAUCCCAGUGUCCUUCCAGGUCGAUGUAUCUGCCCUGCAGGACACAGGUUUCAGAGUGAAUCUGGACCAGAUGCAGGGUCUGCCUCACAGACACACCAUAAUGUUUGAGGUGUGCUUUGAAAGCACCCGCCGGCCAUGGGGUGAUGUGGAUGUGCUGCUGCCCAUAGAGGUGGCAAAAGGCCCCACGUAUAACAUCCACCUCCAUGCCACUGUGUUGGGACUGUCGCUCAACCUCUCCAAGAACAUGCUGCAGUUCUCUGAUACCCUCGUUGGGCAGUGCCAGAUUGAGACAGUCCAGCUCUACAACUGGUUCCAAAUACCCUGCAAGUGGUUCAUUACUGCCAUCAAGCCUGUCAGGAAGGACAAUCAACGCAAACGCAUUAUACCAGCCAUGCGUCAGAAGCAGCAGGUGCUGGAGGAUGAGCCCUGUCCCUUUGAAGUGACGCCCUCCAAAGGAACCCUCAAUCCAGGAAGGUGGCAGAACUUACAAAUCCAGUUUACACCCAAGCAGGAGAGGUCUUACAAGAAUGAGCUGAAGCUUAACAUUUGUGGAAGCAGCAAUCACUUAAAGCUGCACCUCUCAGGACAAGGUCUAGAGCCACGGUUGGAGUUUAGCCCCCCAGCACUCAAGAUGGGAUGGGUGCUGGUGGACAGUGAUGGGGUGGAUGCCACAGUGGUGGUGAAGAACCCAUGCAACUUCCCUGUUGAGUUUUACUCACUGGAUUUUGAUGAGCAGUACCUUGAGGAGGAGAAGAUCCUGUGGAUGGCAGCGGGGUCUGAGUACCAAAAGAACUUUCUAAUGCCUCCACGCACCGUGGGUGGGAUGCUGCCCCCAGAGGUGCUGGAGGACUGUGAAGCACAGAAGAGGCCGAAGGCUCAACAGGCAGAGCUCAAGGCCAUGGCAGAGGCCAAGGACAUGGCUGAGGCCAUAGACAAGGCAGCACCAGCAUAUCAUGGGGCUGUCACACCCUCUCCUGAGCCCAUGGUGGAAGUGACUGGGAGCCCUAUCUCUCAGGCUGUCAUGCGCCACCUGGGCAUCGACCCAUCUUCAGAGAGUUGUGAAGCACAGCAGGACAGAGGGAUUGUUGUUAUUGUCCAUGGGCCACCCCGGGCAGGUUCUUCCAAGGCCUGUCCCUGUAAUGCCUCGUAUGCAAGUGUCACCAAGCAGUCCUCCUCUCUCUCAGGAAAGACAGAGAUAGUGGCGGCCCUGUGUCACUAUUAUGACACUGCUCACUUGUCCAUUGACACCAUGGUGAAAGAGGCCAUCGCCAAUGAUCAGAGCCAAGCAGGGCGCCGCGCCCGGGAGCUUUGCACCAAGGCUGCCAUGGAGCUGAAAGGCGAAGACCAAGAUGAUGCUGGUAAAAAGCCUCUGCUUACUGCUCAGAGCAAGAACAAACAAGCCUCUGGAGAAAAAAACAACAUGAAGAAGAAGAAUCCCAAAGGCAAGAACCUUGCAGCACAAAAGAAGGAGCCAGCCAGCAAACCCAACAAAAAGGACACCAAGCAGCUGAACAUCAUCAGCAGUCAUGGGGAAGAGCUGAUCUGCUUGAGCUGUGUGCUGCCCGAGGACCUGCUGGUGGACAUCCUCUGUGAGAGGCUGAAGCAUGAAGACUGCUCCAAGGGAGUGGUCUUUGAUGGCUUGGAGAGCCUCUUCACAAGCAGCCUGGAAUCUUCUCUGCUCUGUGUAUUCAAAGCUGUCAACAAUCAUCAUCAUAUCUACAUGGUGAACCUGCAUCAGGAUUAUGCUUCUUGGAAAGCCAAGGAGGAAGCUGAAAGAGAGAAGGAAGAAUGGCAGAGGAAAAAACCUAUUCAGAGGAGCACAGAAUAUGUCUUGCAAAUGGAUGAGGAUGAGGAUGAUGCCCUUCCUGAGAAGAAAGCUCUAGUGGACAAAAUAAUACCAGAAAGGAAGUGUAUACAGAGAGAGAGAAGUGUCUUUAAGUCUAUGAUGUUGAUUUACACCUUCUUCAUCAUCUCUCUUCUUCACCAAAACAGUGGGAUUGUGGUAUGGCCUUCAGCUGAAAACAAGCUUCACAAGACCAUAAAGCCUCAGGAGAAGGUGGAGAAGAAGCCUGAACAAAAAGGUGGAGGCCAAAGGAGUCUUCAGUCAUCUCAUCUGGAGACACGAAGCGAAGUUGCAGAAGGGGCAGUCAGAGAUGAGCAUGUCAGGGUGCGGUGCUUGGACAUCCAGGUCACAGAUCCAAAGGCCAUGAUUAGGGAGAUCCUGAGGGAUGGGAGGCUGCCAACAAAAGAUAAGAUGCUGAGACAUCUGGGACUGCAUCCCGAAGGGCCUCCCCUGCCCCCUGCUGCUGUCUUCUCCAUAGUCAACUACCCAGAGGAGUGGUUGGGUUCUGCAGAGUGUGUGAAGCCCUUCACCAUUGUUGCACCGGAAGGUGCUGCUAUGGAAGACAAUCAGGCCAAGGCCCCAGAUGCCAAGGGCAGUUCUGCCGAGGGCCAACCAAAGACACAUAAAGCAGCCAGCAGAGACAACUCUCCAAAGGAGAACCAUAUCUCCACACACAGAACAGAAAGUCCCCAGGAUUCCUCUGCAACCAGAUCCAACAGUGUGCUGAAAAGAGCCUCAACCCCCACAGAAUUCCACAGGCUGAAACGGUACCGAUGGAUAGUGCCUGACCACGGUGAGGUGGAACUGAAGGUCCACUUCUCCACCAAAAGGCCAGGGAAGUUUGAGCACACACUGAGGUUUGAGCUCGUGGAGACAAAGCGCCAGUACGAGCUGCCCUGCAGUGGCACGGGCGUGUACCCCAGCAUCAGCCAGAACCCGUGGCUGGUGUUUCCACAGUGGAGGGAGACCAUGGAGGCAGAUGAAAUCAUCUUCAAGGAAUAUGUUGAGAGCACAAAGCAAUUCCACUUUGGACCUCUGCUGUGUGGGAAAUCAAGAGAGUGGUACAAGGCCCGGAACUGUCCCGGCAACUCAGAGAAUUUAACCAUCCUCAACAACUCCCCUGUGGAUGCAGAGGUCCAGUUCUCCUUUGAGAAUGAUGGGAAAGCAGUGACAUUCCUUUUGGACCCUCCCAGCAUGACACUCAAACCAAAGGAGAAGCAGGAGCUGACCAUUUGGGCAUACCCCACUUCCCCUGGCUUCCUGGAAGACAAACUCAUCUGCUGCAUUGAGAAGAACCCAGACCCAGUGGUUUUCAGCCUGUGCUGCCAUGGGGUGCACGUGAUGCUGGAGGUCAGCCCCCUGGAGCUGUCUUUUGACAAGCUGCUUCUGCACAGGACUGACAGCAGGACCUUGGUCCUGAAAAACAACACCCUACUGCCCAUGGCCUGGCAACUCACUGGGCUGGAUGACCUUGUUGAGGCCUUCUCCUUGUCACAAGAUAACGGCAUCAUUGAUCCCCGCUCAGAGUUUGAUGUGACCCUGAAUUUCAAGGCCGAGCAGAUUGGCAGCAUUGAGAAGACCCUACGACUAGAGGUUUCAGAUACAGGAAACAUCCUGGGGAUUGUUCAGGCUGAAGACAUUGAGAUCUCUGCAGAGGUCUGUGAUGUUUCUCUGAGUAUCGACAUGCCUGAAGGUCCAGAUGGAAGCUUGGAAUUUGGAACCAUUCAUGUCCUGGAAAAUGUGAAGAAAGUCCUGAGUCUAAAGAACAAAGGGAUACACAACAUUGAGUACCGUUUUGUGCUGAAGAAUGCAGGUCCCAGGAUGCAAGAUUUGGCAUCCCACUUCACUAUUGAGCCUCAGUCGGGCAUGCUGAUUGCCUCCCAGCCUGGUGUGAAUGUUGAGAUGGUCUUCCACCCCACAAGGGAAAUGGUCGUCAAGAACAAACCCAUCCUGUACUGCCAGGUGACAGAUGCCAGCUCAGGGGAAGGAAGCCAGACUGUUGCCACCAUCCCAGUGAGGGUGUCGGCAAAAGCUGUGUACAGCAAGUACAGUAUUGAGCCUGCCUCACCCAUCAACUUUGGGGCCAUGCUCAAGGGCACCAAGAAGACCCAGACUGUUGUGCUGGAGAACAGAGGCAUGCUCAACUUCAAAUUCCACAUCCUCCAAGCACCCGAGGAUGCAUCUGCAUUGGAAAGCAAAAGCUCAAAACAAGAGGAAUCCGCUCCACCAGCGACAAAGCUGAAAUCAAGCUCCUUGACACAGGGUUACCUCAGUCUUGGCAUGUUCACGGUGUCCCCCUGCUCCGGCUCUGUCGCUCCGUGGGGCCAGCAGAAGAUCACAGUGGAAUGCCUCGCAGGGCAGGAGGGGACAUGUGAGGAGCAGCUCUACAUUGACAUCAUGGGCAGAGACCCCAAGGACAAUCCCGUGGGCAUUCCCUUUACCCUGAUUGCCGAAUCCUGCCUCCCAGCACUUGUUGAGGAUGUCACGUUAACCUUCGAGGAGUACCCGAUCUGCAGCAGCACCAACCUCAGCUGCAAGCUGCGGUCAGUCAAAGGCACGGGUCUGUUUGUCAGAGAAGAGAACAAAUUUGUCUUCACCAAGGUUCUGGUUGGGCAAGAGGCUGAAGCUCAUUUCAGUGUCUACAAUACAAGUGGUCUGCCAUGUGACGUGGUCCUCUCCAACAAACCCCUGCCUGGAAAGGAAAAAAGCCCUAUCAAUAACAUUUUCAAGUUGUAUCCUGACAUGAUGUCCAUUCCUGGCUCAUCCAAUGCCGUUGCUACGGUGACCUUCACCCCACCAGAGAAGCAGAACUACGGCUGUACUUUCAAGGCUUCCCUUGUCAUCCCAAAAAGCUCUGUGCAAAUUAAGCCCCAAACCCUGACCUUCACCAUCAGUGGGAAGGGGCAUGAGCCACAGGUGACAGUCGUGUGCCCAAGUGCUCGCAGCAAGAGGGGAAAUGCUGUGCUGCGCUUCAAGAGACUCCGGGUGGGGGAUUCAGAGAUGCUCCCCCUGGUCAUCCAUAACAAUGGCAUCGUACCUGUCAAGUUUAUGUUACACCUGGAGGAUGAGCACGGAGCGUUCUUCUUGAAAGGCAGGGGCUCCACACUUGAGAGAUUCUACACUGAAGAUGUGGAAGAGGACUGCGUUGGAAAUGAGAGCAAGCCCCCAGAGAAGCCUUUCUUCCUUCUGCAUCAUGGGCAAUCAACAAAUAUUGACGUCAUUUUCAAACCCACCUUGACUCAACAUCUGGAAGGGAAGAUUUGUGUGUUACUGGAAGACAUCUACUCUAAGAAGACCCUAAUAGAGCUGGUGGGUGAAGGCCACAAGGAUGAAUUCACCCUUGAUGGACUAGAGGAAGACACAGAUGAGAGGAGAGCUAAGCGCAGUCUGAAGAAAGACAUUAUUGAUGCUGUCAGAUUGAAUCACAUCCAGUUUGGGGACUGUCCUGUCGGGAGGCCCUACCGCAGGACCUUCACCAUCACCAACCAUACCAGUAUGAAGGUCAUGCGCUUUGAGUGGGAGGCAGACGCCGCAUUCCAGUUCUCCCCCAAGAUGGGACACCUCCAUCCUGGCUAUGCCAAGGACAUCACAGUCACCUUGAAAUCAGAUGUCCCAGCCACCUUCAGGAGGCACCCUGUGAAAUGUAAGGUGAUCAAGACCAACUCUGAGCUACCACAAAGGAUGGUUCAGGAUUGGGAGGACCGAAUGUGCAUUGUCACAAUGGAGGAUACCACCAGGAAGGACAUGUCAGCCAGCUGGCCUGAGAAAGAGAAGAUGGUCCAGACAGCCCCAGAACCAGAACCGGCACCGGCUUACAUUGUGGAUGAGAGCAUCCAGGAGGCCAAGGUGUACCUCAGUGCUGUUGUUGGCUACACUGAGUUCAAACGGAACCUGAUAGUGGUUCAGCUCAAGGAUACCUUGCCCAACCAGACAAGGAAAGACAUUUUCAGGAUACACAACACAGGAAAUAUAGCCCUGGAAUACAGCUGGAUGGAAGCUGCAGAUAGUAAAGCAGUGAAGAAACCAUACUCAACCACUCUGAUGCAUGACAAAAAAGACCUGCCACUGUUCUACAUCAACCCCUGCCACGGCAUCAUCCCUCCUGGCCAAAAGCAGAUCUUUCACGUGCUGUUCUCCCCAAAGCACGCGGGGAAGUUUAGGACCAGCAUACUCUUCAGGACUCAUAAGCUGAAGCCGGCUCUGAAGAAGGUAGAGGUGAUUGUGAAAGGCAGAGCCCAGGAGCAGGAGAGUCUUGAUAAACCAAAACGCUCUGCGUUACGGCAGACAGACAAAGGCCAAGGACCCAAGAAGCAGGUGCACUGGAAACUAACACCUGAGUGA